AUGGGGACCCAAGGGGUGUAUUAUCAGGACACGUUGGAACAAUUGCUAACAGACAUUGUCCAAUCCGAAGAUGAGAUCACAGACUUGAUGGCCCAGCCCAAAGGAGCUAUCUGGAAGAGGCCGGAGUAUGAGGAAAAGCUGAGACAACGGUUAGGCCGUUCUUAUGAAGUGUAUCUGCACACUUCGAACAAGAUGGUGAAGGCUCUGUGUACAAUGUGCGAGAAGCUGGGAGUCGACACCUCAGGCAAGGUUGGUACCAAGUCUCGCUCCAUCCGUCAACGCCACCGGCGGCUAAAUAUGGGUGUUUUCCAACAGGUUCUCCCGGAUGAUUCCUCGAGAGUGGAGCGUGAGAUGAAAAGGAUUAAAGUCACCUUAUCGAAAAACAUCCACAAGGAAGCCCUAGAUAUGAUUGACAAAGCUAAUAAGGACCUUCGAGACAUUACGCAUCAAAACAUCUACCUGGAGCCACACCGAAAAAAGCGCCGGUCACGGCGUCCAUUAGCUGAGUUGAAGCUCGUAAGAAAGCAUGCCACAAGCCUCUAUCACGUCUUCAUUACCGGCAAAGCCUGGAAAUGUAGCUGCAAGAUGCUCCAUAUGGCCAGCCUGCGACUAGAGUCACGGCCUGAGGUACUCGAAGCAGUAAAUGCAGACACUGCACCGAAAAUGAGGUUUCGGAUCUUGUUGUCCACCAUCCAGGAAAGAGACAGUCCGCGGACGACCUCCCAGUGGCAGGAAGUUGAGGUCAUACCAUCACUGGAUAAGAAAGUUCCUGACGCCAUCAGCGUUGGGCCGCAAAUUUCGACUAGGGGCGUGAGGUUCGGAACAGACGCAGCUUCCAUCCCAACGGCGAGCUCUUCACAAGAGCCUGCAACUGAGUAUGACUGCGGGUUAAUUCAUGACAUGUGUAGCACAUUGUGCGCGAGACACGACUCAAAAAAGCCAAUGGGAUUCCUUGUGGAUGAAGAGGACGACACGCACAAGCACUACGUAUAUCGAGCUAACACCACGAUUGGUCCCGAGAGCCGAUCAAAGUCGCUCGGUGAUCUUCUGAGCUGCUCUGGGCAUGGAUCAUCCAGCGCCCCACUUUUGAGAAGUGACCGUCUUCAAAUAGCAGUGACGCUUGCAUCAAGUGUCCUUCAGCUAGACGGAACGUCAUGGCUCAAAUCACAGUGGAGGAGCAAAGACAUAUUUUUCCAUGAGAAGAGCAACGAUGCCAGUCAUCCAAGCUACCCGUAUCCUUACCUGACAUGGAAGCUCUGCAUGACCGAUAGUAACAUUUCUGGCUCUCUUGACUCGCUUUUCUGUGGAACCUUUAUGAUCCGCAGCGAAGUUCUCUAUGCUCUGGGUCUAACGCUGAUCGAACUCUGCUUCGGGAAAACACUAACAGAGAUGCACGUUCCAGAAGAUGGAGAUCCGAACGAGUCAACCACGGAAAUGAAGACCGCACACAGAUUGUGUAGUUCUGUUUAUAGUGAAAUGGGAACUCGAUACGGUGACGCAGUCUGGAGGUGUUUGUAUCAGCCAUUCGAUGUGCGGGACAUGAGCCCUGACAAUGAACAACUGCAGCAGAAGGUCUUCGAUGACAUUGUCACUCCUCUCAGUGAUGACCUGACUAAUUUCAAUGGAAGAUCAAGAAUUAAAUAG